CUCUUACAUGCACAAGUUAAACACAACACUUGUGGAAAGGCGAGGUGCACACAGCUGGCCCUGACUGGAGUAUAUAACGCCUGGAAUGACAGUGGCAGUGAAUGGAUCGCAGCGAAAACGCCCGACUGUUGCGCGCAGCUCCGUUAGGAAUAGAAGUAUGAUUUUCGAUUGCAGACGCAACUAAGUUUGAGGAGUUUCCUGCAACUUCAAUGCUGGACAAAAUAUAAAGGGAUCGUCUGUGUAAUGCCUUCCAAACUUUGAGCGUGUUCCUUUUUUGGAUACUCCAGGGAUUAUUAUUAGCUUAUUAUUAUAAUUAUAUAUGGUGUGAAAUUGCCGCUGGAGAGAAGAGAGUUGCAACCUGCUCUUUUCAAAAUCACGUUGCUUCCUAAACGUCCCACGGAUAUUAUAUUUAUAAGAGCAUUUCAAGACGUUCUGGAUGCGCGCUGAACGCGCACGAGGACUUAUGACAUGCGGUUAUGGUGCAGUGGUGGCAGAAGUUAAAAUGAGGUCUUUUGGCGAGCAGUUGUUGCGCUCAGAAUGGCCCGGGAGGAUUCGGUGAAGUGUCUGCGCUGUCUGCUCUACGCGCUCAACUUUCUCUUCUGGCUUAUGGCCCUGUGUGUGCUGGGAGUGUCCGCCUGCCUCAGGGAUCACCUGAACAAUGUGCUCACCUUAACCGCUGACACCAGGCUGGAGGAGGCAGCCGUUCUCACAUACUCCCCCGUCGUCCAUCCUGUCGUCAUCGCCGUGUGCUGUUUUCUAAUCAUCGUGGCUAUGGUGGGCUACUGCGGCACGCUCAAGUGCAAUCUGCUCCUACUGUCUUGGUAUUUUGGCAGUCUGAUGGUGAUAUUCUGCGUGGAGCUGGCCAGCGGAGUGUGGACGUACGACGAGCCCAUGGUACAGAGGUCUGAUAUGAUUAGUCUGAAGUCACGUAUGCCUCAUUGCUUGCAGCGCUACCAGUGGCUCACACAUGCCUGGAACUCUAUACAAACAGAGCUGAAGUGUUGUGGAGUGAUCUACUUCACUGAUUGGCUGGAGAUGACAGAGAUGGAGUGGCCACCCGACUCCUGCUGCUCCAAUCAGUAUCCAGGAUGUGCCCGCCACGCCCACUACCAUGACCUCAGUGACCUUUACCAGGAGGGCUGUGGACCGAAGAUCUACAGUUUUAUCCGGGGCACUAAACAGCUACAAGUGUUGAGGUUCUUGGGAGUGUCGAUCGGCGUGGCUCAGAUCUUAGCCAUGACGUUGACUGUGACACUUCUAUGGGCUCUCUAUUACGACCACAAACCACCUGACCCAGCAUCCCCCGAUGCUUUAAUCCACAGCUCUGCAGAAGAUGCUCAGAAGCCCAGCCACUCACAUCCACGAGCGCCUGAAGCCUGGGCCAACACGCCUGCUAACGGACAUACCCAGUUUGAGAUGGAGCAGCUUUCCUAGCAGUGACUUCAUGGUGACGCAUGGGCUACUUCAACACUGCGGACACUGACACUGAAUGGAUCGAACAGCAGUGAACUGGACCAGAAAAUGGACCUUGUGGAAUGUGAAGUAGUUCUGGGUGCCUGGAUAACAAGAUUUAGACGGUUUUAUAGAAAACUUUAUAUACCUGUGGAUAAAGUGGCUUUUUUUGUGGUCAUCACAUGGAAGAUGAAGAGGAUUUACUGGGUUCUUCCUAAAUAAAGCCACUGGCCCUGUCUCUAUGGACUUGAAUUCUCCAGAGGGAGGUUUCUAGAAUGAACUGUUUUCACUUAAAUCUUCCUUCCUUCACCACUUACACUGACAUAGUUGCAAUUUUGCCCACUAUUUUGCCACUUAAGACAAGGAUUGUAAGAGAUAUCUUUUAUCGUAGUCUGAAAUUGGCAAUAUUUUAACAUUCGCUUCACACAAUUGACCUCAAGUUUGUUCAGAAAAAUUCACCAAUUCCUUUUCACCAAGCUACGGCGGACUUCAAACACUCCGACUUGUUUUCUGCGCUUGUGUGGUACUAUUUUAACGUAUGUUUGAACGUUCAAAUGCAUUUUCAUUUGCGUUCAUGGCAAUUUUGAAGAUAUACAGUGUGACAGGCAAAACAAAAACAGUUUGCGUUGGCUUUUCUCAACCCGUUCAUAUCGUGAAAAGACAGGAAAAAUACUGUGCGUAUACACACACAUACACACACACACACACACACACACACACACACACA